AGCCCCGCCCAUGCAGAGCUGGGCGCCUGGACGGAACUGAGCUCGCUCUCCUGUUGGGAAUGUGAGGACCUCGGUUCGGUCGUGCUCUGCGUUCGUCCAGCUCUUCCGCGUCCGCCGCCGCCGCCUGCACCGUCUGCCCUCGGGCCGCGCGCGCACGCGGAGGCCGGGCAGCCGGGUCCGAGAGGCGCGCGCCCGCGUGGUCGCCGCCCCUCGGAAGCCUCCGGAGCCGCACACGGGUUCGCUACGGAGGGAGGCGGAGGCCUGCGGGAGGAGGAGGAGGAGCGAGGGAAGAUGGCGGCCGUGGAGCUCGAGUGGAUCCCGGAGACGCUCUACAACACCGCCAUCUCCGCUGUCGUGGACAACUACAUCCGCUCGCGCCGCGACAUCCGCUCCUUGCCGGAGAAUAUCCAGUUCGACGUUUACUACAAGCUUUACCAACAGGGACGCUUAUGUCAACUCGGCAGUGAAUUCUGUGAAUUGGAAGUAUUUGCUAAAGUUUUGAGAGCUUUGGAUAAAAGACAUUUGCUCCACCAUUGUUUUCAGGCUCUGAUGGACCAUGGCGUUAAGGUUGCUUCUGUUUUGGCCUACUCCUUCAGUAGACGGUGCUCUUACAUAGCAGAGUCAGAUGCUGCAGUGAAGGAGAAGGCCAUCCAGGUUGGCUUCGUCUUAGGUGGAUUUCUUUCCGAUGCGGGCUGGUACAGUGAUGCUGAAAAGGUUUUUCUGUCCUGCCUUCAGUUGUGUACGCUACAUGAUGAGAUGCUCCACUGGUUCCGAGCAGUGGAGUGUUGUGUGAGGUUGCUUCAUGUGCGAAAUGGAAAUUGUAAAUAUCAUCUAGGUGAAGAAACAUUUAAAUUAGCUCAGACGUACAUGGACAAGCUGUCUAAACAUGGCCAGCAAGCAAAUAGAGCUGCUCUCUACGGAGAACUGUGUGCACUCCUGUUUGCAAAAAGCCACUAUGAUGAGGCAUACAAGUGGUGUGUUGAGGCAAUGAAGGAAAUUACAGCAGGCUUACCAGUCAAAGUUGUGGUGGAUGUUUUAAGACAAGCUUCUAAGGCUUGUGUAGUCAAGCGUGAAUUUAAGAAGGCAGAACAGUUAAUUAAACACGCAGUGUAUUUGGCACGAGAUCAUUUUGGAUCCAAACACCCAAAAUAUUCUGACACACUGCUAGAUUAUGGGUUCUACUUACUCAAUGUAGACAAUAUCUGUCAGUCUGUUGCCAUUUACCAGGCAGCCCUCGACAUUCGACAGUCAGUGUUUGGUGGCAAAAAUAUUCAUGUAGCGACAGCUCAUGAAGACCUGGCUUACUCUUCAUACGUUCACCAGUACAGCUCUGGAAAAUUCGACAAUGCGCUAUUUCAUGCAGAAAGAGCCAUUGGUAUCAUUACCCACAUCCUACCUGAAGAUCAUCUUCUUUUGGCUUCUUCAAAGAGGGUGAAAGCACUUAUUUUAGAGGAGAUUGCAAUUGACUGUCAUAACAAGGAGACGGAGCAGAGGCUGCUUCAGGAAGCACAUGACUUGCACUUGUCCUCACUGCAGCUAGCUAAGAAAGCAUUUGGAGAAUUUAAUGUACAGACUGCAAAGCACUAUGGCAACCUUGGGAGACUUUAUCAGUCAAUGAGAAAAUUUAAGGAAGCUGAAGAAAUGCACAUAAAAGCAAUUCAGAUUAAGGAGCAGCUCCUUGGUCAAGAAGAUUAUGAAGUGGCCCUUUCAGUGGGACACCUGGCAUCUCUGUAUAAUUAUGACAUGAGUCAGUAUGAAAAUGCUGAGAAACUGUACCUGCGGUCGAUAGCCAUUGGGAAGAAACUGUUUGGUGAAGGCUACAGUGGACUAGAAUAUGAUUACCGAGGCCUCAUUAAACUUUACAACUCCAUUGGGAAUUAUGAGAAAGUGUUCGAGUAUCACAACGUUCUGUCUAACUGGAACCGGUUGCGAGAUCGACAGUAUUCAGUGACCGAUGCCCUUGAAGACGUCAACAGUAGCCCCCAGUCCACUGAAGAAGUGGUGCAGUCCUUCCUGAUGUCUCAGAAUGUUGAGGGACCAAGCUGCUGAGGACUGCCUCAGCUAAUAUGACCUUUCCCAGAUUCCGGGGAAUUCAUACUGUGAAAUCAAAACCAUGUUGUUUUUAGGGCUGGCAUUUGCAUUGAAACACUGGUCCAGUCCACCGAAGACCCUAUUUCGGGUAGUCCUGUAUUGCAGUUCCUGUAGAAUAAGCAUAUAUUGAGUUAUAUCAGCAUGUGCCGCGUGUAUAAGUAGUCCCACAUUCUCACCCUAGUAGAACAACAGGAAACCGUUUUUUUUUUUUCUUUUUAAAAAAUAAUUCGUUUUUCAGAAAGUCUGAAAGAAAAAAAAAAGAACCCCUAAAUAAAACUAUUUAAGAGUUUAAAAGAGUUGCAUUCUUAUUAUGUAAGGAUGAUUUCAAAAACUUUUUAACAUAUAAUUAAUUCUUCCAUGUGGAGGUAUUCAAUACUGUAUUGUAAGGAAAUUUUAGGGGAAACUCUUUAUAUGCAGUAUAAAAAAAGUAACACUGGUACUAAUAAGCGGGGAGGGCACCCUGACAUAGACUUGGCCAUCUUUUCCAGAUCAGGGCAUACAGCCAUUCCAGAACUUUGUUUCAGUGAGACUGUCAGAUUCAUCUGACUGGACCAGUGUUGAUCUGUCAGUCUCAGAACACCAGAUAGACCAGCAGUUCUAACUCCAUUUUUGGUACCAUGGUGAGAUGCACUAAAGUGUUUGCUGACAGGACCAGAAGGAUCUAAGAGGACCAGGCAACUGUGGAAGGUGUUACUUGGACCAGACGCUUCCGAUUGUUACUUCAGUGACUGGACUUGCCUUUUCCAGCACAAUGAUCUCAUUUAGGUAGAAUGCAUAGUACUAAUGCAAGAUUUAUUUGCAUCAUAGAUACCAAACUUUGGGAUGUGGGCAUUGUCGCUGGCAAAUCUUUAGUCAUGGUACAUAGAUGGCAAUAUUAUAAGCACGUUUGUAACCAUCUCUGCAGCCACCCCCAUUUUAAUCAUAGCCCUGAUACUCCUAUGUAGUGAACAAACAUGCUGGCUAAGAGUCAUGGAUAAGUCAUGUUCAGAUGAGAAUUUUAGGUUUACUGUAUGUUUGUGGGGAUUAAAAAGAUG